AUGUCUCAAACACGACCUUGUGAAAGCAGCGAAAUUCAGCGAAGCAGGGAGAAAAAAGACAUGAAUCUGAUGGAAAACACCCAACCAACGACUGUUCUGUGGCCCUCGAGUGGACACCAGAAGGACGAAAGGAAAGAGGCAAAACCAAAAAUACUUUUACACCUAGAACUAGAAAUUGGCGCAGCUGUCGGUGCCCAGUCCCUGAAGGUCAUUCCUCCGCCGAUGGUAUCGGAUGAGUUCCUUCCGGCCUGCUUCAACUUCACAUAUGGCAACUACAACGAGAUGGAGUUCUAUAGCCCGGGAUACCCGGGCAAGUACCCGAACGGCAUCAGCUGCGUCAUGUACUUACAAGCCCCGCCAGGUUUCUUCAUCGACCUCUACUUCACUGACACGUUCGCGAUCGAGGAGUCCGAAGGUUGCAGGUAUGACUACGUUGAGCUGCGGGACGGACCGUUCGGAUUCUCGGACUUUAUCGCGAGAUUCUGCGGCAACGAGUUUCCGGUCACCGUGCAGACGAAAUCUCGCUUUCUUUGGGCGAGAUUCACGUCCGACAACGUGAUGGAGUCUGAUGGGUUCCGGGCGGUGUACGGGUUUAAGAAGAAAAAAGAGAACUCAGUUAAUUCAACGGAAGCAGAAAAGAUGUCGGUUUGUCGCAUCUAUAUGGACAACCUCGCUCUGGAUGGAGAGAUCAACUCAAAAGUGUUUCCAUUGGCUGACACGUCGCAGCGCGAUUAUCCAAUCAACGAGCCGAUAGACUGCACGUGGGAAAUGUUGGCGGAAAACGGGCAACGGAUAAUGUUAACGGAAAUACAACUUCACAUGCUGCGAGACGAACAGUGCAGCCGGAACCGGAUAGAGAUGUACGAUAGGACAACGUCCGAGGACGACCGAACAGGCGUCUACUGCGCAGGCCCAGUGCCGAGCUACCGGUCGAGGUCAAACCGCGUCUUUCUCCGUAUACUUGGCAGUCGGUUAUCGGAAAAACCCGUACUCCAGGCACGAUAUACGGUCUUCAAACCGGAAAACACGAAACACGGAGAAGCGCCUUGCGGCCCAGACGAAUUUCACUGUGACGACAUCUGUCUCAACCAGGCGCUUGUUUGUAACGGCCGCCGAAACUGUCCUACCACCGGCGCUGACGAAGAAGGGUUUACCGCUCCUAGCCAUAAUCCUUGCCGGUGUCGGCGGCCUUAUAUUCGUCGUCGUCGUCAUUGGCGUCUGCGUCACGUGCCGCUACAGGCGUGGGCGCCGCGAGCCAAGAGCGCCAGGAAGACCGGAAGCCAGAAGCGGAACGCUCUGGAGCUCGCUGUAAGCGACAGUAACCAUACGGCGAACCACCUUGCGAAACAGAACAGCAAGAGCAGCUACUAUUCUCUUCCACGCCCUUCCGGUCACGCGACGAUGAUGCAACACCGCGGAAGUUUCUCUAGCAAGGUGCCCUCUGAAGGCGGCGACUUUGGCGAUCACAUAUCCGAGUCCAGCUCUUACAAGAAGUUUCUGCAACUCGAGCAGAAUUUCGACGACGACUCCAGCCGUUGCCCAUCGCCCUACAGCCCCGGUUUUACGACGAUCAUCGAGCAGCAUCCGGCCCCACCGGGAAUGACGUCAGAUGUGGCUGGAACUUUCAGCAGCCGCUCGAAUCACCGUUCAUGCCGAGCCUAG